CUAUCAAUAUUACUAUGACUAGUUCAUCAUUCCAUACACGUGUCAGCAUAAGAGUUAGAUAGCAUGGAAAAUUCAAUACUACCCCAACUGAGCAGCAUAGGAAGGAAGUGGAUAGCUAGAACAACUCAUAUUAGCCAUUCCUUCUCCGGUCCUCCCAACUAACCACGAUAACAAAACAAAUCCUUUACCUUGCCCUACAACGCUACUCUCUCCAUAUCUAUCCGCCCAAAACCCCUCAAUCCCCCCUUUCCUCGGUAGAAAGACAUGGCAAUUUCAUCAACAGCAGCUGCGGCUGCCACUUCUUCAAAGCUUAGGUACCCAUACGCCUCGUCUCUCUCAACUCACUCCUCAACCACCACCGCCAGUUUCUCCACAAAACCCUCUAAUCUAACCACUACCCAUCUCUCCUCUUCCUUCCUUCCCCCUUUCCUCACCACCAUCGCCACCACUACCGUCAUCCGUCGCCGUGGAGGAGCUCUUACUGUCAAAGCGGCCCGUGGCAAAUUCGAACGCAAAAAACCCCACCUCAAUAUCGGCACCAUUGGGCAUGUCGACCACGGAAAAACUACCUUAACCGCCGCUCUAACCAUGGCUUUAGCUUCCAUGGGUAACAGCGCCCCUAAAAAGUAUGACGAAAUCGACGCCGCCCCCGAAGAACGUGCCCGUGGUAUCACCAUUAACACCGCCACCGUUGAAUACGAAACGGAGAACCGCCAUUACGCCCAUGUUGACUGCCCGGGGCACGCCGAUUAUGUCAAAAACAUGAUUACCGGAGCUGCCCAAAUGGACGGUGCCAUCUUGGUCGUUUCCGGAGCUGAUGGACCCAUGCCUCAGACAAAAGAACAUAUCUUGUUAGCUAAACAAGUUGGUGUUCCAAACAUGGUUGUGUUUUUGAACAAACAAGAUCAGGUUGAUGAUGAGGAGCUUUUGCAAUUGGUCGAAUUGGAGGUGCGUGAAUUGCUUUCGAGUUACGAAUUUCCUGGUGAUGAUGUGCCUAUAAUAUCUGGGUCUGCACUUUUAGCUUUAGAAGCUUUGAUGGCUAAUCCGAGUGUUAAGAGAGGUGAUAACCAAUGGGUUGAUAAGAUUUAUGAACUUAUGGAUGCUGUUGAUAGUUAUAUUCCCAUUCCUCAAAGACAAACUGAUUUGCCUUUCUUGUUAGCUGUUGAGGAUGUGUUUUCCAUCACGGGUCGUGGUACUGUUGCCACUGGUCGUAUUGAGAGAGGUACUGUUAAGGUUGGAGAGACUGUUGAUAUUGUUGGAUUGAAGGAAACGAGAAACACCAUAGUUACUGGUGUGGAAAUGUUUCAGAAGACAUUGGAUGACGCCAUGGCUGGUGAUAAUGUUGGGUUGUUACUUAGAGGUCUUCAAAAGGCUGAUAUUCAAAGAGGGAUGGUUUUGGCUAAACCAGGAACUAUCACUCCGCAUACUAAGUUCAACGCGAUUGUUUAUGUGUUGAAGAAGGAAGAGGGUGGUAGGCAUUCUCCCUUUUUCGCAGGUUAUAGGCCUCAGUUUUACAUGAGGACCACUGAUGUGACUGGAAGGGUGGCUUCGAUUAUGAAUGAUAAGGAUGAGGAGUCUAAGAUGGUUAUGCCUGGUGACCGUGUAAAGAUGGUUGUUGAGCUUCUUAUGCCUGUGGCUUGUGAGCAAGGGAUGAGGUUUGCUAUCAGAGAGGGAGGGAAGACGGUUGGAGCCGGUGUUAUUCAGUCUAUCAUUGAGUGAUUUUAGGAAACUUUUGACAUUACACGAAAUGUUAUUUGCUUUUUGUGUGAUGUCAAAAACUGUGUCAAUGUUAAGCAAUUAGUUUGACCAUUUUUAGAACCUCUUUGAUCCCAAUGUUAUAUAUUCUGCAGUUUUGUACUUAUUUUGCGUCUGACUCGUGUCUCUAGUUGGGUAAUAUUCAUGUCUUAAUUUGAUGUGAUCUUAUUUUUCCCUGUUGCUUUAGCCGUUAUUUCUAUUUCUUAGAGCUUUUGCUUGCUUUAGAAAACGUGAUGUUCCUCAGGUGGUUAGCACAGGUCAAUCCUCUCAAGGAAUUCAUCGUCCUUCAAGGCUCUUUUUGUCUAUGUCUAUGAAACAUUAAUACAGCAUUGUCAAACUACUCUGAUGGUUGUUUUGGUUUAAACAGUAGUUGUUGUGGCUUUUCGUGGUGACUAUAAUUGUUUUUGAUUCUGGGUAACCAUCUUAUCUAGUGUUUCUCCAGCUAAGUCUUCUGCUUCCUUUAUGGUUAGUAAUGGUAUUCGAUGUGUUAUAGAUAUUGGUUGCUGAAUAGCUUGAUCAAAAGAUUCAAAAGGUAUAUCUCCAUUGGUGAUUGAGACAAGUUUAUACCACAAUUUGAUAACAAUUUUGGAGUAACCAAAAUUGAGGCUCUAAGGUUAUGAGAUUUAAUUUUAUGUUUUAGGUUUUUGUGCUCAUGUUCCCAAAAUCCUAACUGCUUAAGAGUUUAGACUUUUGCUUAUUACCACAACUUGUAAUGUAUGAGGAAGAAUUUUAACUUGCUAGUCUACUGCUGAGUACCAAAAAGAAAUUUGUAGUUGUACAAUGGAGAUUAAAUAAAGGUUUGUUGGCCUCAAGUUCUUGCCUGACUUUGAACCCUUGGAAUAAGGGCUAUUAUUAUCAAGCUACUGGUUACAAGCCAUAGACUUACUGAUAUGGUAUACCGUAUGCUUCAUCUACCAGUAGAUUACGAGCUUGGCAAACUUGGUGACUGAAAAGUGUGUAGCAGAGUGGCAUGUUAAGAGAUGUUUAGAGAGAUGAGCAGUCCAUCAUCUGAGUCCCUCUUUUUUCCCUCUCCACAUUCUCGAAUAGCAUCUCACCGGAGUAUAAUCAUGUCUGCUCGAGAGUUUAGAUUUAUAGGACAAGUUGGAGGGGAUUGUUGAUUGGUGUGCCAUAAGGUACACUGUCGAUUUUCUCAUCGAGGGAGAUAGGAGAUUGACGCUUUUCUUCUAAUUUUAGACGUGAAAGAAGUUAUGCUGUGAGUUUGCCAUGUGAGGGCAUCUAGGAGUUGCCAAGUAUCAAGGGAAGCGCUAUUCAAGACUUGAGACCU